CGCUGUGGGGCUUUCCCGCGAGGCUCCGCCCCGGCUGAGUCAUCAACUGCAGGGUUGGUCCUACAGCCCUCUGAGCCUGAGACUGCAGAGCAAGCAGCUGCAAUCGUGAGAGCUCAAGAGUGGUAUUUCUGAGUCCAUCUCUUUUGGUUAAAAUUCUUUGGGAAUCUGCUCUGCUCCUAUCCCAUCCAUGCAAGAUCCCAUGAUGAGAAGUGGCUACUACAACAUGGUGACUACUGUGCUGCUGAUCAUGAACUUGGAGAGAACAAGACCAAUGCAGGAUCCCUGUGCGAACUGUCCAGCUGGCACCUUCUGUGGGAAAAGCAGCCAUCGAAUUUUCGCUCCCUGCCCUCCCAGCGGCGCCCCCUGUGACAGUGAACAGAGAAGCUGUGAGCUCUGCAGGAGCUGCGAAGGUGUUUUUAGGACCAAGACGGCCUGCUCUCCCACCAGCAACACCGAGUGUGAGUGCAUCGCUGGGUACCACUGCUUGGGGCCAGAAUGCCAUAUGUGUGAACAAGAUUGUGGCCAAGGUCAAGAACUUACAAAAGAAGGUUGCAGAGACUGUCGCACUGGCACGUUUAACAACCAGAAAGGCAGCAUCUGUCGGCCCUGGACCAACUGCUCUUCGGAGGGAAAGUCUGUGCUUGUGAAGGGGACGAAUGUCAACGAUGUGGUCUGCGGGCUGACUUUGACCGGCUCCUCUCCGGGUACCACCUCUGCCACUGUGCCUGCACCUGCAACAGGAGAGCCAGGGCACAGUCCGCAGAUGUUCACCUUCCUGCUGACACUGACGUGGGCUGCCAUGCUCUUCCUGCUCUUCUUCCUCGUGCUCCACUUCUCCCUGGCCAAACGGAGCAGAAAGAAACUCCUGUACCUGCUCAAACAACCAUUUAUGAAACCGGUACAAACCGCUCAGGAGGAAGACGCCUGCAGCUGCCAGUUUCCGGAGGAAGAGGAGGGAGGUUGCGAACUGUGACACGGGAAUCCAGAGAAGAAGCGGCGGUGAAGUGUGUGCCCGCAUCUUUCUGCUGUGAGAGCCGCCCUCGCAGCUAGCCACAUCCACCUACGGGCCAGCCCACCGGCCUCCGACUGAGUGCCACGUUAACAGAAGCAAGGGGCACUUUCCUAGUGUCUCUGCUUUUCUAGUCCU